CUCAGAGAAAUUUUUCCAAUGACUACUACUUCAGCUCCGAUAUUUCCGGCGAAUACGCCGAUCCCGAUUGAUCUAUUCGUUUCCAAGAAGCACCCUGGCCUCCCACGUGGCGUCAUAGAAUUCACGGAUUAUUCCGAGAAUAUCGUUUACAGGGUCAACCGUCAAUUCCCCAAAUCAUCUUCAAACGGCAAGGCGGUUCUCCUUGAUUCCGCGGGAAAUCCUCUGUUCUCUCUCUACCCUCAUCAUGAUGGGUCGUGGCAAGGUUUUAAGGGCGAUGAAGGUGACAAGGAUCUGAUAUUCAAAGUCCAGAGGAUAGUGACCAAGUUAACAAGAACUGAGCUGGAGGUAUUUCUUGUUGCUGAAAAUCAAGGACAAGGAGAGCUAACUUGUGAUUUCAAGGUCAUAGGCUGCCAUUUCCAAAGAUCUUGCACCAUCUACAAAGGCGAUUCCAUUGUGGCUCAGAUAACUGCAAGUAUUAUUUCUCAAAAAUCAGGAUGGAGAGGGAGAUGACAGCCGUGAUGAAAGUGUGUGAUUGUGGGCAACUUGCCAAAAUUGUGGGAGGGUGGCGUGAAGAGACUGUAUGGUGGAAGGUAAUACAAAAGCUGUUUCUAUGGAGGGCAAUUGUUUCAGUUAGAUGGAUAUAGGCCCCCUUAUUAUUUGUGUUGUUCAAGUAAGUCUAUCAUUCAUAGCAAAACAAAGUGUUACAGCAGAGAUAGCAACUCAACAGGUGGUUGCUGAAUCCACAAAUGAGGGCCUUGCCUCUCGCUCAUUUUCUUGGCAACCCAGUCCUCUGGUUUGUUCUGUUCCCUAAAGACAUGACAACAACUCAGGUCACUAUAUUUUGAGACAGAAGAACAUUGCCAACUAUGGACACAAUCUCCGAAGUUUUGCAUCCGUUUCCAUUGAUGGCUUUUAUUAAUGCUUCUCAGUCUGACUCUAAGAUUACAUUCUGCCAUCCU